AUGUAUGGUUUGACUGUCAACAUUCAACUUAUUGUCAGAGAAGAAUGUUAUUUCCAUAUUCGGCACUUCCUGAAUCACAUCGCUCUACUAGACUUCGAGAAG